AUGUCGUUACCUUCAGGAUGUAUCACGGAUACCGGCCUGUACUUGAAGGAGCAUAAGCCCGCAGUCAAAAUCAUUGAUGUCUGUAACCGGACUGGAGAUCCGAUCCCUGGUCCGCGGCCGGCGCCAAUGUUCGAGUCCAUCGAUUUCCCGUGGGAGACUGUGGUAGACGAGGUGCAGGAAGUGGACUCGCCACAGUCCUACCGCAUGUCUAUACUUCUCUCGCGCGAGGGACUCAUUUGCGGGCCGUCCUCUGGCAUGGCCCUGCAGGCACUCCUCAACGUGCUGCAGAAGGCCAAGGUCGAAGGUCGCUUGGCCGAGUUCGCAGGCGCCGAUGGCCAAGUCCGCGCUGUCUUCACGUGCUGCGACCUGCCGUAUCAGUACAUGGACAACUACGCCCGAAAGCUUGGCCCAUUGGCUUUCGAGCCCAUCGGGAACGUUCAUCUCCUCAGCAUCGACACCCACCCGUAUGACGCGGCGUGGGAGCUGGAAGCGACCGCUGCAGUCGAGUGGCUGCACAAGACGGCCAAGUUUGCAUUGAGUGAGAAAGUGGUGGCAGUGCCCGGCGUCAAGGUCGUCGACAUUCGCGCCCCGGCCGACUUUGCGAAAGAAGCCCUAUUCGGUGCCCAGAAUGUCCCCUUUGACUCGGUUAAGGACGGUAUCGCCAGUCCCUUCGACGACGUCGCCGUGCUGGAGGAUCAGUGGACAGAGAUGGAGGAACUGGUUGGUCCUGAGCCGGCAGGGCAUGAGCUGGCCGAAGGCGGGGGCCCAAUCCUGGCGGUUUGCUACGACGGGGAGAGUUCCCGUGUCUUUACAAGCAUUCUGAGGGCACAUGGGGUCGAGGGGUACAGCAUCAAGGGCGGAUUCCCUUCCUUGAAGGCGGUAUGGAGGCAUGGACCGGGCCGAAUCUGA